CAGGAAGUCCAUUAUCCCAUAUCAACUAAAAACUAUUCCAAUAUCAGAGUACGACAUCUCAUUGACAAAGCACUCCCUCGAAUCCCAUGGCGCAUGACUACCGGUCCCCACUUGACCACGAGAACAAAGAGCUGAUAAGGUUCGACAACCCGCGCCGUGAUCCCAGGAGAGCUCAUAGUAUAUUCUAUAUUCCACCGACCGAUGCGCCCGCAGACUACGUUAAUACCGCCACUGCCUUUCUCGAAGCCGAAUACGCAGACCCCAAUUCGCCCAUCCACCAAGAUCCUAAAUUACCAACCCCGCCGAAGUCUGAUAAAGCCCCUUCUAAACCUCUCAAAACAGUCGACGAUGUCUUCAAUGCCGCUCGGAUAUGGCUCAAGUGUCCCCUAGACCAUGCUAUCGUAAUAAGAUACCCUACCGAACUAGGGCAACGCAACGGCUACCUAGGUGACGGGUUGGUAACGCUAUACUACGAAAGUUUCACAAGGACGCACGCGCCGAAAAUGGUCAUGAUGAUCAAAUGGUUGAGUCCGCACGAACUGGCCAGUAUCGUCCAAGGCAAUGUGAUUGACCGACGCUACGUGGAAGAGGCAGAGGUGCUGGACUCCCGGUAUAUUGCUCUUUGCGAUUACGAACAUCUUGUGCUCUUGAACUUCGGGUCAUUUUCCGAGCCUCACGUGCUCCGUGUUACGGCUGUUCCAAGGGAUUCGAUGCGUCUGGCGUUUUUGGGCUUCCUACUUGAAGCAUGCCAUGCGGUAAUAGGCGAGCCAGGCCGCAGCCCCCCAUAGGUAUCUGAGAGUCCUCUCUUACUUUACAGAUACCAGAAAAAACCUGUGUGACAGGUAGAUGGGUGUGGUGAAUUGAUGCCACAGCGCAUGUCUGUGAUCCGCGAUGAAUUUGAGAUUCAUGCCAGUGCGAACGAUAAUUCGGGCAUUGCAAGCCAAGGACAGUAAUCUGGCCAGGUGAAUAUUGCCGCUAGGGAAAAUUCGAUACUUUCGAGACAUCCCUUUUAUGUGAAGUGCGAGAAUUCAGACCGUAGUAGGAGCGUUCCAUGAGGUAGUUGUAUAAGUUCCGAUUGUGACUGUUUUGCCCAGAAUGAUAUUCUUUCGAUAUCAACAAGUCACUCGAUUGACGGUACCCGCCGGAACUCUCCACGGCUCCGAUAGAACUAUACGCGGUAACGACAUGUAAUGGUGCAAAGUAUAUG